AAAAGUUACUGUCCAAUCGAAUCAUUACACGUGAACCCCCAACAAAUAUCUUUCUCAUCCUACGGUCAAAAUUCUCCCACUUUUAAUCCAACGGUUUACAUAAAAGUUUCAGUGUCUAUUUAAAUCACUCUGCAAUUCUCCACCAUCACAAAACCCUACUUGAAUUGGGGGCUUAGGGUUUAAGACCGACAGUGAAAGGAAAGAAGAGGAGAACGAACAAAGGUCGUUAACAUGGCUUUCCUAAGUAAGGUUGGAAAAGUAUUUAGUAACAGUUCUGCAUCAGGGAUCCGAUCCCAUUUGCAGCCUUCUGUCUUUCAAACUAUUAGACUCAUGUCGAGUUCGAAAGUUUUUGUUGGAGGCCUUUCAUACAGUACUGAUGACCAAAGGCUGACGGAAACGUUCAACAAGUAUGGGGAAGUAGUUGAAGCGAGAGUGAUUACGGAUCGUGACUCUGGUAGAUCAAGAGGUUUUGGGUUUGUCACUUUCGGUGCCAGUGAAGACGCUUCUAGUGCUAUUCAAGCUUUGGAUGGACAGGAUCUCGAUGGUCGUCGCAUUAGAUGCAGCUAUGCUACUGAAAGAUCUAGUGGUGGAGGUGGUUAUGGAGGUGGUGGUGGCUACAGUGGAGGCGGUGGCGGUUAUGGCGGUGGCGGUUAUGGCGGCGGUGGCUAUGGCGGCGGUAGCAAUGGCUUUGGUGACAAGGCUUGAAGGAACUUAUCUAAUAUUUCAACAAAUGGGCUUUUUAAGUGUAAUGUCUAUGCUUCGUUGUACCGCCGGAUUAUAUAUUUUGUCUAUGUUCUUCAAUUUUGAAGAUAAUUCGUUACGAUUCAGAAUUGUUAGUGCCGUUGCGUAGGAUUUGAGAAUUAAAUGGACUACCCCUUCCUAUU